AACACCAAUAAAAGAUAUAGUAGGAGUAGGAGUAGAGGCAGUAAUACUAAAAUGGAUAGGGGUCAGAAUAAUAAAGAAGGUCGUAUUCCUUCAUCAUCAUUAACUACUAUUCUACACGUAUCCAAUCUCACACGUAAUAUUAAUGAAGACCAUCUUUAUGAGAUAUUCGGUACUUUUGCUGAAGUUAUUGAUGUUCAUCUUGCUAUAGAUGAUAAAGUUAAUCUCCCUAAAGGAUAUGCUCAUAUUACAUUACCAAAUAAAGAGGCCGCUAAAGAUGCUAUAUAUCAUCUUGAUCAUGCUCAGAUAGAUGGCAAUAUUAUUAAUAUUCGAUUGGCACACAAGAGUAGUGGGGAUGAUAAAGAAUUAUCUCCAGACAAUCAUGCGGUGGAUGGAGAUAUAAAGGAACACAGAGUAGAGGAGGAGGAGAAGGGGGAGAGGGUUAGACGACACAAGAGAGCAUCAUCAUCUCCAUCAUCUCCUCCUCGUCGUCGUCGACGUGAUGAUGAUGAUGAUGAUGAUGAUAGAAAGAAUAGGAGGCGUACAAGAUCAUCAUCAUCAUCAUCAUCAGUACAAGGGAUGUAUCGUCGUCAUCAUCAUUCGAGUCGACGAGGUUCACGAGAUGAGAGAGAUGAAGAUGAUAAUAAUAGUCAUCAACAACAACAACAACAAGAAUCACAGGUUGGACCCAAGCAUCGCUAUAAGCAGUAUUCGAAUAAGCAAUGACCACUAUCAUCAUCAUCAUGCACAUCAUCCCGAUAUACUAGAUGUAUGUUGUAGGAGAGGGGGUAGGAUAAUGACAAACAAAAUGACUAUCAAUCUAUUAUCGGUCAAUAU